AUUCAUUCUUAUUGACGUGACGAUUGACGUUGUUGAUUGUCUCCUCUCUUCUGACGACAGCGUGUUGUGUUAAAAUAAUACAAUUCCUAUUAGUGCAAAAAUACAAGAGUAUUCAGUAAAAAUGUUUCGUCAUUUUCUUGCAUUUCUGUUAAUAAAUACGUGUUAUCAAAGUUUGGGUAACCCGAUCAAUCCCGUCAAUUCUCAAACACAGUUAUUAUCAAGCUCACUCGAGACACUAGCAGCCAAAUGCGAUAAUUCUGUUCUAAGCAGUCAAAUAUCAAGCAAAAUACAAGAUUGUAAUAUAAUCGUGCCGCCUUAUAAGAAAAAACAAUUUCAAUGUUUAAUAUUCCUCGACAUAAAUACGCAGUUAUGCUCAGCAAAGUUAUUGGCGAACGAAGAAUCUCUAGCCAAAGUGAAUGAGAAACAGGAUGUGAACGCUGUUUGCGCACUGGCUAAAGAAUGGGUUUUCACAAAUGUGUCAGAGUUUGUGAAUUACAAGGAAUAUGCCGAGAAGUAUUUCAAGCUCCCUGCUUCUUGUGGAGAGAUUUGUGGCGAAGAGGACACAAUGAAUGAUGCCAACUACUUUUGUAAAUAUUACAAAUGGGGCUUGGAACAGUUGAGGGCCCAAGUUGCGUCUACAGUGGCAAACAAUGCUAACAACAAUGCAGUUGCACCACCAGCUGUUUCAGAGCAAGAUGUGAGUGCUAAGGCUGACGUGCCGGUGCCUGCUAACAGUAACCCAAUUAACCAGGAAGCGGACACUAAAACAUGGAAUGGACAGAUAAAGCAGACGGACCCAACAGUGAGUAAGUCAACUCAAAAGAUUGAAGUUGCAGGCUCCGAUAUAGAGGUUGCGAAGCCUGAGACAGCGGCUAGUAAUGAUCCUUCUAAGCAGACACUCAACAGUGAGGAUGCAGAGAGUGUACCAAAGAAUGAAGAAUCUGAUCCAAAUGUAGACAGAAUGGAAGAUCCUGCAAUACCCCCACCAGAGAAUAUCCUUCCCAGCAACAAUAGUUCUACUAAAACAGUUGUAGUUAGUGAGGAGAAACCAGUUCUUGCGAAUGAUCCGUCCCUUCCCGACACUAGUAAAAAUCUGGCUGUCAGUGAUAAGAAACCUGACGCUGUACUAGAAAACCCUAAAACGAAAGCUGUACCUGAUACUGAUGAAUAUGGAGAAUCGGAUGGCAAUGACAAUGUGGGUGAUGAAGAUGCUGGCGAUGAUGGAAUGGACAUCAAGUCAGAACAGGACACUCCAAACCAGCAAACAUUUAUCAGAAACAAGAUAUUAGUGCCUGCUCAUGAAGUUGAAAAUUCACAAAAAGAUUUCUUCCCCAAUUCGAUGCCUGAUGGUUUCUCCGAAGAAGACAACGACCACUUCUUCCCCUUCUUCAUGACGUCUGUUGUGCUCAUGGUACUGCUUUACGUCCUGUACCAUAAUAAGAGCAAAGUCAGCAAAGUGUUCUUCGGCUUAAUACUGGAAGGACGACAAAGCAGUCGCCGUCGCAACAGCCGAGGCCACGCUUACCGCCGCUUGGACACCCUGGAACAAGCCAUGAGCGCCAACACCGCUGCACCGCCCAGCAAGAUUAUAUACUAAAACAGUUAACACUUAGGUAAAUCAAUCUUUCAGUACAUCUACUCAAGGAGAAGUCUGACUGCGAUCAAGCACAGUUUAUUGCGUUUAAAAAAUAUGGCGCGAAAUUCAGUUGCUUGUGGCGGUGUUUUGUGGCGCCAUGUUGAAUUUUAUUUAAACGUGGAACGCGUGGUUGCCUAUGAAGUGGAAGCGAGUAUGUGAUAUGCACCGUUCUUUCUUUUUCGAAAAUUUCGAGCCAGUAAUUUAUUUAAAUUUAAAUAAGUUUCUUUUAAAGAGCUUCUUUCAUAUUUUCCAUUUAAAGUUUAAGUGGUGUAGUUAGAUUUUCAUUAAUGUUAUUACGUAUGUAUGUAUAUAUUUAAAUAAAGUUAUCUAGUCUUUGUAUUACCUUAUUUAUAUCCAAUACUUCAAUUUAAUUUUUAUUUUGCUCAUUAUUUUAAUUUAUAUAUGACCAGUGCUAUACUAUCUGACUCCCAAAUAGAGGAGUAGGAAUAAGGUGCAAUGCUUGGUCCAAUAGGGCACGUGUCAAAAUCUUAACAUUGUUUUAGUUAUUUUUUAUUUCAUAGCUAAUCCACGUUAUAUUUUAUGGAUAAUACAGGUUAUGUUUAUAUUGACACGGUAAAGUUAUAAUUUUAUUCAAUAUACAGAGUACAAUAGACAACAGUUUUGAUUUUUUGACAAUUUAAAUUAUAAUUAAGAAAUGAGACACGGGUUAGAAUGUUUAGUUAAUUAUUAUUAUUUACAAUAAACAUUUUCACCUUUUUUAUUUAUGUUCCCAUAAAUUAAAUAAGGUCGUUUCGUUUUUGGCUUUGUUUUUUCCUUAAAGAUAUUAUAUUAGAAUACGUUGUAACUACACCACAAUACAUUUAUUAUUCACUCACUUUAUUACGUCACGAUACGUAACUUACGAUUUGUCACGACUAAAAACUAUUGCGAACUUGGAAAACUGCUCUUAUAGCGAAGAAAUAAACUCUUUUUUACAUUGAAUUGGUACUAUAGUACAAUAAACACAUGUGUAUUAUCUAUACGCAAGACAGAGAUAGAUAGAGUAAUAAAGCCGUCUACUAUAUUAAAAACCAGUGAUCUAAUAUACAUAGUAUGUAUAUACAAUAGACAUACGCCCGAAUACUCAAACGCUACUCAAUUUUAAGUUGUACUUAAAAAUCGAGCUAUCUCUGUCAUUUUAUAAAGAAUUGAUAGUGACAGAACUACAUUUGAGAGCGUCUUUAAAUUGAGUAGCGUUUGAGUAUUCGGGCGAUAGUAACACAGUCGUGACAUCGUAAUCAUAUAAUAAUUAUUAUUCCAUUAAUUAUUAAUAUUUAUUUGCUUUGAAAACAUGCACCAAGUGCCUGUCCUAUAUAAAGGCAUUACCUUCUAAGCAGCUUCAUAAGGGUGACAAGUACAACUCUAGGUUAAUAGAAAACAACAACAUUAUACAAAAAAAAAAGAUAAUAAAAACAUCUCGUAAAUGCCUUAAUGCUUGAACACCAAUCAAGUGAUCAUAAUAUGCCUUGAGUCUGUUUCGUUGAUAUAAUAUUCCUUGUUAUAGACAAAAGUGACAGAGAAUGCAUGACACCAACGUCGCACGAGAAACAAAAUUAAGCAAUUAUUCGUAUGGAAAGUAUUCCUUCCAUCUGUAUCCUUAGCACGUGUUUUCAAAACCAAAAGAGAGCGAAGCGCGUCCUUCGCUCUGAUUGACCGGCGCGAAUGAACCAACCAAUCAGAGCGCCGAACGCGGUUUUGUUUAUAUCAUAAGACAAACUCGUACUAAGCCCUCUGGUAUCAACUUGGUUGCGCAACCAACAACGUGACGGCGACCAAAUUAACUGCUUCUGCUUAAUAUCGUGUCGUGUCGUACGACUUUGGUGCUCCUAUGAAAUAAGGUCUAAAAUGGCAUACAUUUGAUUGGUGUUUUAGUUCUAAGUAAUACAUUAUCAUGAUUACUUCUAUAAUUUAGAAUUAUUUCCUUUUAAAUUCAAUUAAUAAUUCCUUAUUUGACGUUAAUAAUAGUUAAACUGUUGAGAUUGAAACUGUAUUUCUUUUUUACUUAAUUUAAUUUAGUUCCUAAAUUACGGUACGUAAAUUCAAACAUUGCUUGAUGCAUGUUAGUGGUAUAGUAUUAGAUCUCUCGUAUGUUUAAAUUGAUAGUAAUGUUGAGGCUGUUCGUUUAGGCACGUGUUUGCGCAUUCAGAAUUAUUAAAUCCAAGACAAUUACGUAGAAAACCGUAGCCACAAAACGUGAAUUACUUUUAUUGAAAACGAAAACAGUAUUUAGGGAGAUACUGCAAAGGAUUAUGACACUUAAAUUAGCCUGUCGACAAUAAAAAAUGGACUUUGUAUCUUGAGCAUUACGGUACAUAUUUUAUUUGAAAGAAAAUUCUGAACAUGCGCAUAAUACAUAGAGUGACAUGCAAUGUUAGUGUAAUCCAGGAAUAGCGACCUACAUGCUGAUAUUUUAAUAGUGGUUUUUGUGUAGCAGAAAGUACUUUUGUGACAAAAACAAAUAAGGACAUAAUGAAGUAAGCUGUGUGCAGCCUAAUCUGUGCUUUAUCACUGAGCAUGAGAGUUUAUUUUGUUUGAAUCUUCACUCUUAUUGUAGGCAAGGUGCUGUUUAGUUGAAUCAAAAGAAUAAGUAACAGUUUUUAAAUUGGUUCCACAGCAAAACUACCAUUAAAAUGUCAGCCUGUAUAUAGGUGUAUCGGACUGUUCAAUUUUUAAUAACAUUCGAAGUAGUAAUGUGUUAAUCUUAAUAAUGGUAUAGUUAAAGGUAAGCGUCCACAGGCCCGCAUCGUACGCACCACAAGCAUCGUACGCAUUCCGUAUGACGUCAUCGGUACUCAUCGCUUGUAAGCAUUGCCAACGAGCGGUCCGUACGAUGCGGAUUAGUGGACGCAGUUGUAUGAGUUUCUAAACAAGAUAAACUAACAUCCGUUGCGUACGAUGCGGGUCUGUGGACGCUUUACCUUUUAGAUUGCAUUUUCUUUGCCUUAACCAACCUUUGUUACUUAGUAUCGAUAAUUUCCAAUAUUCCACAUGUAUUCGGCAUUACAAUUGUUAAUCAUCAGUAGUACGUAGUUUAAUUUUUAACAAAUUAAUGUUAUGAGCGUUUAGUAAUUAUGUCAUGGAAACUAUACUUAUGCUACUUGCACUGUUCGUUAACAAAAGUGUAAAUUGUGUACAUACUUACAUAUUGUAUCUACCCAUAAUCACAUCUAUGAUAAUGUUAAAAAAAAUUGUUUGUUUGCAUUGAAUAGACUUCGAAACUACUGCAUCAUUAGUACGAGUUUGCGUUACGUUUAAAGUAAUCGAAACGAGAGCGUGUUGGUUACUCUGAUUAGUUGGUUUCGAGCCGCCCAAUCAGAGCGCCGAACGCGCUCUCGUUUCGAUUACUUUUAAACGUAAUGCAAACUCAUACUAAGGGUGUUGGACCGAUUUGAAUGUAUUUUUUUUUUUCAUUUAAAGUUCACUUUUUGUGGAGUAGCAUCCAGCAUGACUACUUUUUAUCGCUGUACCCCGAUAUAUUGGAGUCUAUUCGAAAUAAAUUCUUGCGGGUGAAACCGCAGAAGGAAAGCUAGUUAUAAAUACUUGUGAUAGAGUAGUUUCUCACUGUUUACAUUUCAAUUCGCGUUUUGGUUCCGGUUGUGACUCGUAGCAAUAUAGAAAUUAAGUAUUAUCUUACUAUUAUGAUUAUAAAGUUCAAUUUUACGUAGUUACAUUUAUGUAUAUCGAAGCAACACGGUUUCACUUUUAUUUUAUGAUGUAAUUAAUGUUCUAACAAAUGGUGUCCUAAGGACUAGUUUAAGAUUAGAUUUAAUUUAUUUCACUUUGUAUUUAUAAAUAAAGUUGGAAAAAUACAA